CUUCCGCUCCCGCUUGUCCUGCAGCUGCUUCUUCUUCUGCUUCACGCUGAAGGGCUUCUUCCGCGGCAUGGCCCCGGCCCACCCUCCGCCGAGCUCCCCGCCGCCGCAACUGACUCCCCGGGCAGCCCCCGCCGGCGGACCGGGGCCCUGGGGAGGCGGGGCCGCGGUGACGUCAGGGGCGGGCGGCGGGGAGCGGGGCGGCCGGGAUGCAAGCGGCACGUGAGAGCCCGCGGCUCCGGGAUGCGCGGCGCGGCGCGGCGUAGGAGGAGGCCCGGGCCGACUCCGUCACGGGCGCGACCAAGUGGCCGUCGCGGGAGGGGGAGCGAGCGUCAUCACCGCCUGGAGCUCCCGGGAGCUGCCACUCACCUGGCGGGGGCGGGCGAGGGGGCGAGGACACGCCGCCUGGCUGCGCGGCGGCCACCGGGGACGGGCCCCUAGCCGGGGAGCCGAAGCUGUGCGGCCGCGCUGGCUGCCACGCGUGCUGGGCUGUGGCUCACGCACUCGGGGAGGACGCUGCUGAGCGGCAGGCUUACAGCCCACGCCUGCGAGCGCGGGCGAGGAGAAAACGCCAGCGGGACAAGGACUUUCGGAGAGAGGUCAGGGAGCGCAGGAGUUGUGCCUGCAGGCGUUGCCAUGGUAACUGCGGGGCCGGAUGUGGCGAGCUUAGGGUGCGACGGGGGUUCGCGCUUGCCGCCCGAGGCCCGAAGCCUGUCGAGUGUCUCAUUGUAAUGCGGCGGACGGUGCUUUUCCACGUGGGGAGAGGCCUUGGGCAAGCAAGUAGCAACUGCACCAGGGAAGCAAAGCCUCCCCGUGAGCGCCACGGCGAGCGGGACCCUCCGUAGGAGAAGACGACGGCCGCGGGGGCCACAACCUGCCGGAAGUGGCAUGGCGGAAGCUUCGGUCUCCCGGCCCACCGCCCACCCGGAAGCGGAAACAAACCCAGUGUGCCCCUUCCUCACUGCCCUCCAGAGCCUGCUGCAGCCAUUGCCGCAGCCACGAUGCCCAAACGAAAGAAGCAGAAUCAGCAGCCGCAGCCGCCGCAACAUCCUGCGCUGUCCGACCGGGACGAGCCUGGAGACGAGGAGGAUGAGAGUCCCAUUGGUGAGGGGGAAGGCGUGCGCGUGCCUGUCAGCCGGCCCGGGGCCAGGCGAGGAUCGAGGACCACCCAGCCUUCUGGGCCCUCCCCCCAUGGCUAAUGGAAAGCCUGGUGAUCCCAAGUCAGCUCUUCACAGAGGCCCUCCAGGAUCAAGGGGACCGAUGAUUCCACCACUGCUGAGUCUCCCGCCUCCUCCCCGGGGUAGAGGCCUCAUUAGAGGAGGCCUUGGUCCUAGAUCUAGCCCAUACGGUCGUGGUUGGUGGGGUGUCAAUACUGAACCUCCUUUUCCUGGGCCAGGCUAUGGGGGUCCCUCUAGGGAAAGCUUUUAUAGAGAGCCAAGAAAUCCACGAAGGCUCAAAAGCUGGUCUCUUGUCAAGAACACCUACCCACCUAAGGACAGCCUCCAGGUGAUAGAAGACAAAUCUGACCGCCCUGUCUGCCGACACUUUUCCAAAAAGGGCCACUGUCGAUAUGAAGACCAUUGUGCCUUCUACCAUCCAGGCGUCAAUGGACCUCCUCUGUGAGACUGUGCCUUCCCACCCACGCUGGAAGGAGCCUCUGACCAAUGGCCAUACCUUCUCUGUGGUCCCAUCGUAGCUACUUGAAGGCCCUUCUGUCACCUUCAGUCAGUGACAUGUCCACCCCAUUCAUCGUCUCCUCCAUUUGGGGUCCAGAGUUGUGACUGUCACUGGUGUGCGAUGCGCGUUGUCUUCUGAUCCAGGCUUCAGAGACUUUUGGGACCCCAUCUUGCUCCCUUCCACUGCCUCCUGGAUCUUCCCCUCUGCCAAAUGACCGCUGAACAGGAAACCAUUGGUGCUGUUUCUUGUGCAUCCGCCCACCUGUCUCCCAGUAUUGCCCUCAGUUCCCAAGAACCCUGGAGCAGUCUUCUACCCUCUAGCUGCUGUUUUAAGUCCUUGGCUGUGAAGCCCCAGUGUUUGCAGCCGCCCGGAAACGCACCAGGUUGUCUGUCCUUGGGGUUAGGUUUGAGGGACUGGUACAGACUUGCUUCCUGAACAGCCUCCCCCUGCUUCUGGAUGUCCUAGUUUCUUGUCAUCAGCAUGAGCCCCGCCGCUAAGGCCUGUGGUCACUGUACUUUGUGGAACUGUGCAUCCCCAUGUCGCCUUCCUGAGUGUCCGUGGCAUUUUUGUGACUUCCCAACACUAGAUAAGUUUUUCUGCCAAAUGGAGCAAGGCUCUCGGUGCCCUCUAGACCUCACCUACCUCCCAACACGGGAGAAUGUGAGACUUCCUCAGACUGCCUUCCCGUCGUGCCCUCUCUUCUGGUGUCUGACACAGGCCAGUGAUGUCUUGUAAAGCCGCAGGCAGGCCUGCCCACGCAGCCUCUGCCUGGCUCGUUUUAGUUAGGCCCUGUCAUUGUGAGGCCCUCAGCUCUUUCAUUUGAAUUCUGUGAAUCUCCACCUGGCCUUGGCUUGUCUUUGGGUGGAACCUGGACAGUACUGUCACCUCUUAAAUCCCUGGCACUGACUGUUUUCUGUGAAAACAGCAGUGAACUUGUUGGGUUUUGAGCUGGCCCUGAGGAAGUGGGUCAGGAGGUGUAUGGACAAGAGGAGUGAGUCGUUGGAGAACUAAGAAUGAUUUUUUUUAUUAUUUUUUUUAUAUUAGUAAUAAACACAGUGGAAACCGGCA